AUGUCGGGCGUCAAAGAUGCUCUUUCGCAGGCUGCUGCGGCGCUCUAUCUGGGUGACAAGGAGCAAAACACUGGGUCUAUCGGUGCGUUGGCUCGAAUCCACAUUGACGAGACUGGCGGAUCAGACGAGACAGGCACCGGUUCAGCAGACAAGCCUUUCCUCACAGCUGUUACCGCGCUCGUCUCGGCAGGACCCACAGCUCAGGUGCUAGUACGGAAAGCGCCAGCCGAAGGAGCGGCGCCCGCUGCCGACGCUGAUGCUGCAGGAUACCAGCCCAUCUCUGGUGCUGGUCUGAAGAGAGCCAAGAAGGGCUACGAGGUUGCCAUGAAGAAGCAGCAAAAGGAGGCCGAGAAGAGCAAAGGCGAGACCAGCAAGGCCGAGGACGAGAGCAAGAGGCUCGAGGACAGCAAGCUGGUCGUCCUGAGCAAGCCUGCAGAUCUUGGCAAGAGGAUCAAGAUUCGUGCUGGUGUGCAAAGCCGUGAUCAGCUUGUCCACAUCUGCGGCUGGGUUCACCGUCUGCGAAGUCAGAAAGGCUUGAUCUUCUUGGUCUUGCGAGAUGGAACUGGUUACCUGCAGUGUGUGCUCAGCGGAGAGGCUGCAAAGACGUACGACGCAUUGACGCUCACCUUAGAAUCUUCGGUCGAAGUCGUCGGGACAAUCAAGGCGCUGCCCGAAGGCAAGAGUGCCCCUGACAACCACGAGCUUGCCGUAUCCUGGUGGACUUGCGUCGGCAAAGCACCAGGCGGCGAUGAAGCAUUUAGCAACAGAGUUGCAGAAACCGCCGAAUUAUCCUCUCUGGCUGAUUCAAGACAUCUUGUCAUUCGAGGCGAGACAGCCUCUGCGGUGCUCAAGGUCCGAGCCGCCGUGCUGCAAGGAUUCCGAGCAGAAUUUGAGGAUCAGGGCAUUCUGGAGGUCACACCGCCCUGCAUGGUGCAAACGCAAGUGGAAGGCGGCUCAACUCUGUUCAAAUUCGACUACUAUGGUCAGGAAGCCUUCUUGACUCAGAGCUCUCAACUCUACCUUGAGACUUGUUUACCGGCGCUCGGAGACGUAUUUUGCGUUCAGGAAAGCUUCAGAGCCGAGAAGAGCCACACUAGGCGACACUUGAGCGAGUACACGCACUUGGAAGCUGAACUUGGCUUUCUCACGUUUGAGGAUCUGCUUGCACACCUUGAACAGUUGAUCUGCGGCACGAUCGACCGUGUCCUGGCACAGCCCACGUCCUCUUCCCUCAUCCAGCAGCUCAACCCAGACUUCAAAGCUCCUAGCCGACCCUUCAAGCGGAUGGACUACAAGGAUGCGAUCGCCUGGCUCAAUGAGCACGACAUCAAGACAGACGAAGGAGAAGACCACAAAGUCGGAGACGACAUCGCCGAGGCCGCAGAGCGGAAGAUGACGGAUGCCAUUGGCGUCCCAAUCUUCCUUACAGGCUUCCCUCGUGAAAUCAAAGCAUUCUACAUGAAGCGCAUUCCGGGCGACGAAGGCUUCACGGAGAGCGUCGAUGUGCUCAUGCCCGGCGUUGGAGAGAUCGUGGGAGGAUCGAUGCGUAUGAGCGGAUCUCAGGAGCUGUUGGACGCGUAUAAGCACGAAGGUAUCGAUGCCAAACCCUACCACUGGUACACCGAUCAGCGCAAGUACGGUACUUGCGAGCAUGGAGGAUAUGGACUGGGCGUGGAGAGAUUCUUGGCUUGGCUCACGAACAGAUACACCGUUCGGGAAGCUUCGCUUUACCCUCGUUACACUGGACGCUGCCAACCUUGAUUGGGCGGCCUUGAUCCCGAUGAGUCGGCCAGAGACAUACUGCUAGAAGCUUUCUGCCAAGCUUGCGAAUCCAGGAGCAGAAGCUGUGCGAACUUCUUUGACCAGCAAGCAAUUCAGCACGAAUGCAUGCGUACCUUACAAGCG